CUCGAUCACACGUCAUCAGUGACCCGAAUAUCAAUAUCAAAACCCUAAUAUCGCAUAAAAGAUUGUGUGCUUCAAAUUUAAGCCUUCCAAAUUCAUUCACCUUUCCAAUUUCAAUGGUGGGGGCUAGAAAUGCAAAGCAUCACUUUUUCUUCUGCUGACAUUAAAAUGAAAGCACAUCUUUUUAGAAGCAUCGUACCUUAAUCGCUAAGUUUUCUUGUGAUAUAAAUCGGACGAACUCACAUCCUCAAAUUCAAGGCCACGCAUGCUUGCUGCCGAAUGCCGAUGGAAACAAAUCAUGGGGUGCUCAAAAAAGAUGAAAAGCAAAGACCCACAAAGUCAAUUUUCAGAGGAGCUACAGUUGCACUGUACAACUACAAGCAACAAUUUUGAUCUAAUCCCUGUAUUGCCCAAUGAUAUUACACUGGGCCCGAUAAUGGCUUACAUGCCCUGGCAUAUGAAACCGCUGUUGAUGACCUUGAAUAAAACAUGGGCAUAUGCUCUCAACAAUCCCCAAUGUGCAAUUCCGCACUACAAACCCAACGCCCUUAAAAAUUCAGUCAUUUUCUAUGCCCAUACCCAAAUUGACAAUGACAAUACCCUUUUUCUGUUCAUAUAUCAAAGGGGUAUUCUUAGAAAGCUUCCUCCUCCACCUCACAUUUCUGCUGAAUCAUACAAAUUCACCAGGUUUUUUGUCACAGACCAAUGUGUAUAUGCUUUGACUCCCUGUUCAGCACAAGACAAGGACAUGUACAAUGUUGAGAUGCUUGAUUUAGGGGGAGGAAUAACCAGGUGGCAAACCCUACCUCAGUUACCAGAUAUAGGAGAUUGUAUUUAUAUUACGAGCAUGCUUAAUGAGGAUGGAAACAGUACACAUGACUAUAUAUGGAUUUGUAGCGAUAGUAUUAGAGGGAUUACGGAGGAAUGUAUAUAUUUGUCCAUGGGUCAUAGAGUUAUUAUGGAUGAUGCAGAUGAUUGGUCUGCCUGGGAGCUGCAUAAAAUAACAGACAAGGGUCAAUCUAGGAGCAUACCUCCUCCUCCUGCUCCACCCAUAGAAAAAUUUGAAAAUCAUCCUCCUGAAUACCUUGACAUAUAUAGCACAGAUGAGUUGAGGCCAAGGCAUCUGUACAAGCUGUUUACAGUGACUGAAUAUGGCUUACACCUCAACCAUCAAGGUCUCUUUGAGCCUACAAUUGAGCCUGGAUAUCUUUUCUUAUUUAAAGAUGACUACUACCAAGGAGCCAUAACUGGAUUACACAGUGUCCGGAAGGAGGUUGAUAGUGAUGGAAGUAUGAAGUUGAUCUCGUACAGAAAGGACCUUCAAAAUGCAGAGGUGCUUGCGGGGGAUGAGCUGAAUGAAUUCUAUGACUCUUGGAGGAAUUUUCUUUCCAAUUGGAGACGCUUUUUACCUGAGAAUAUAAGUGCUGUGAAAUUUACAUCAGAUUUGUCACAGAAGAUGGAUGAAUGGCAGAAGCAAUUUAGCUUGCCUUCAAGCAAGGGAGAUGGUCUAGUGCUGAAUGAGACGUCUACAGUAAAAGUUGUACAACAAGGCACCAUAUACAUCUAUGCUUAUAUUGCAACUAAAUGUACUAAUAAUAUGUAUUUUCAGGGUGAUGAACAACUAUUGUUUUCUUAACAAUAUAGUACUCUGCUCAAAGAGCAUUCUAAAAUCUAACCACAUAUUCAAUGAAAGUAUCAAUUUCUCUCAACAA